GCUCAAUUCUUGGAGAACGAUCAUGCAGCUCCGCUCCAUAACUUGGUCCAAUCUUCUGAUACCCUCCCGAAACCCAUUGUUAUCCCUGUAUACCUGCAAAAGACAUUUCUCCUCCUCGUGUCUUCUUUCCGACAAACCCCUCCCUCCCCGACUCAAGAUCGAAGAUGCCGACCUAACAAUAUCCUACCUCAAAGGCACCGGCCCAGGCGGCCAGAAAAUCAACAAAACGAACUCCGCCGUCCAACUCAUCCACAAACCAACCGGCAUCGUCGUCAAAUCCCAAGCCACCCGAUCCCGGUCCCAGAAUGAGAAAAUCGCCCGCCAUCUUCUAGCAGAUAAGGUCGAGCAGCUUCUCAAGGGAGACGAAAGCCGUGUCUCGAUUAAGGCGGAGCGCGAGCGCAAAAAGAAGGCGAGCAGGGUAAAGAAAAGUCGACGCAAAUAUCGGGAUCUAGAGAAAGGGGAGGAGACUUCGGAGAAUGUAGAAAACGCGGAAAACGCAGGAUCUCGGGAUAAUAACAAGGACGACGUAUAAAGUUGCCUACGACGUGGCAACGGGUAAUGAUUAACUGAACACUCUCAAUCAAGGUUCUCUCGGUCCUCUUGGGCGAUCCAACACAACCCAGGGGACCCCUCAAUUCGUCAGCUCUCUUGGACGAUAAAUCCAAGUUCUUUCCGUACUAUUAGCAACAUCUGUUGUACCAAUAAUCCCGACUGUAUAUGGGUCUAUGUAGAAAUAGGCUACCGCUUGCGAAAUGCAUGAAUCUUGAUUCAUAAUAAUAUGCCUGUGAAGAUUUUUUGAGGGGGGAACAUAUAAGAUAUUCACGGUGCGUCGGGAUAAUCAAAUUAACCAUCAUAGCCAACAAAAGAUUCAAGUGGUCUAUUGCCAUUUCAAAUAGGUAC